AUGCAAAGGCCUCUGCCGCCGCACAGAAAAAUUAUUCCGAAUACGACCGGGAAGGGCCAAAAGCAUGUUCGAUUACCAGAUAUUGGGGCGCCGCCGUUUGGGCGCGCGCGACAUUCGGGCGCACAACAUUUGGGCGCAACGACAUUGGGCGCAUUUACGCCAAAAGCAAACAGAAGUAGUGCAUUUGUUAAAGUAUGCUGCAAAACGAUAAAAUUCUCCUUAAACAAACUUUUUAUGCUGUGAGAACUUUUUCUAUUACUCAUAUCCAACUGUAACCACCGUUUCUUUAAUCUUCAUCGAUAUUCACACUUACCCACACCUACACCGGCAUCUUUGAACUUCAACUAUCGUUGCGCCUAAAUGUCGGUAUACCAGUAUGUUCUUUUCCAUAUUUUUCGCGUUUAGAUGCAUAAUGCAGUAUAUCAGUCAUAAAAACAUCAUACACUCUCAACUUCAUAUGCAAGAUAUUCAUUAUAUAGUCGCUAAACUCAAACAGGUCUAGAAAUAACGGCUCACACUUAUAUCCUUUACUGUUUUUUCUCCUUUCUUAUUUAAACACAGUUUUUGCUCCACUAAGGUUCUCGCUUCCUUCCGGUUGUUGUAACUUAUUCACAAAAUAUACAACGGAAAUUCGAUAGAACGCCUGCUAAUCCAAAGACAUAAACGGCAUUCAUAAAAUCUCCUCCGAGUUUUAUUUUGACAGGGAUGUCUUUCUGAUUUAAACGCACAUAUUUAACGCUUUCCAAACUAUCGGGAAACGCAGCAGAAUUUUUCGAUAUAAUUCACAUGACUCUUUGGGAAACUCAAAUAGUCCGACUGGUACUAAGCUUUUGGUAAUGGGUAAUCAGAACCAUCUUCAACACAGUUAACCGAUAUAGCAACAAUAUGCUUGUUGCCAAUAAGUGUUCCAUCCAUAUUCAAAUGGAAGGUUAUCCAUGGUAAAAGAUGAAGAUGAAGAUUUUGCCGUUUCGCUAUAAAUAC